AUGGAGAUCCAAUCUGGACACUUUAUGACGCGACGAAAAGGGCAAGAUGAUUCGAGCCCUGUUUCUGUAUUCGCUUUCGAUGCUAGCGAUCCCCAGCGUCGUGACCUCUUGCCACUGGCCAAGAAUGCUCUAAGGAAACUUCGUACCACACGACACCCCGAUAUUCUGAAAUUUAUUGAUGUUGUUGAAACCGACUCGAGUAUACAUAUUGUAACGGAACGUGUGCAACCACUCUGGGCCGCUCUCGAACGAUGGAGUUCUAAGCCCGCCAAAUCCCGAGAGGAAUGGUUGACGUGGGGAUUACAUCGGAUCUCGGUCGCAUCAGCUUUUAUCAAUGAUGCUUGUCAUUCGUCGCAUGGAAUGAUUCGAGUAGAGUCAGUUUUCAUAUCGCCUUCAGGUGAAUGGCGACUAGGCGGACUCGAUGUAAUGAGCAAUCCUACCGAUGCUGCAGCGGUGCUCUAUUCCAUGGGCGAGCGAAGCCGUGCAUACAAGUGUCCAGAGGUACACAAAGGCGGGUGGAGUAGUUUGAAAGAAUUGCCCGUAUCAACCACAGACAGCUAUUCGCUCGGUAUUCUUAUUCACACUGUGUUCAAUGUCAAGGAUUCUUCACACGACCCUCUACCCGCUACAGCUAAUCCACCUCAUCCCGCCCCCAAUCCUUCGGCCAAAGGAGCAAUACCCAAUAGCAUAUUCCCUCACUACAAAAAAUUACUUAACCCCACCCCAGCUGCACGCCUUUCUCCUUCUGCUUUCCUAAACCUUGGAACAGCCCCGGGUUCUUUCUUUUCAGAGAAUCCACUUUUCCGUAUAUGUGAGGCUCUAGAAGGAUUCGCGACUAUCAAGGAUUCGACAGCAUCGUUUCCUCCCGAAUUCACACAACACAAGAUUCUUCCUGUACUACUUACCUCUCUGGGCCAUGGCGGCACAUCCGCUGGUGCUAUCCUACCCGUAGUGCUCGCGCUAGGAAAAGACCUACCACCUGCAGAAUAUACUGCUACCAUAGUCGGUCCUGUUGUGAAUCUUUUUGCAACUCCUGAUCGCGGUACCCGAAUGGCGCUUUUGGACGGACUUCCCGAGUUUGCUGAUAAACUCGACAAGAAUACGGUUGUAAACAAAGUCUGGCCUCAUCUGCAAACCGGAUUUGGUGAUACAGUUGCAGUGAUUAGGGAAGCUACUGUGCGAUCAAUCAUUUUGAUUUCAGGAAAGCUCUCCGAUCGCAUUCUGAACAACGACCUACUACGACAUUUGGCCAAAGCCCAACUGGAUUCGGAGCCUUCUAUCCGAACCAAUACAUGUAUACUGAUAGGUCGACUCGCGCCAUCUCUUGGUCCGAAUACAAAAAGCAAAGUCCUCGUCCCAGCGUUCUCUCGUGCCAUCAAAGACGGGUUUGUUCAUGCCCGCGUUGCUGGCUUGAUGGCUAUGAUGGCUAGCAUUGAUUGCUUCAGUGCGGAGGACAUUGCUACAAAGGCAUUCCGUGCUAUGGACCUAUUUGUCAAACGAGUUGAAGCGCACGCAGCUCAAAUGCCUGAAACAGCACCUGAAGAAGUUCAAUCGAUCAUUGGAGGACUGCCGCUUGGAGCUACUUCCGGAGGCACACCAGCUGCGGGUGGUACAUCUGCUGCGCUGGUCACCUCGGCUGCUGGCGCUGCCGGUGCGUUGGCCGGAUGGGCCAUUAGUUCAUUAGGACGCAAGCUCGCAGCCUCUGAGGCACAAGGUUCGCUAUCAAACGCGCCUAGCGCGGAUCGUCCUGUGUCAGCGCCACUCGAACCACUGGGUACGCCCAUAAUUUCAGCGCUACCCUCCCCUGCAGCAUCUAUCCCUACGGUUCCGUCCCACGGGAAAGGAAUGCAAUUAGGUACAAAGACUGCCGCGAAGCAGUUAUUAAACGAGGAUGAUUCAUGGGGCGCGGACGCUGGUGCCACAGAUGUCGCAAAUGCUUGGGGAGAUGACGACCUUAUGGACGUGAAUGCGGAUGCAGAUGAUUGGGGAGCGUUCGAAGCGGCUGCGCCCGAGCCCAUAGCUCCUAAACCAGUUUUACCAGCUUCCGCUAUGCCAGCGCGUGCCAGGGCAGCGCCGACCCCUACUCGCACCAAUACGCUCUCGCCUCCGCAGACAAAACCACGAACUUCUUCUCCCCUCGCAUCGCCCGCUGUCAAGACCACCGAGACAUGGGGAUCUUUUGAGCAAGAAUCACCCUCUACACCAGAGAAAGUGGAACCAGCAAAGAAUAUGAGCUUGGCUGGAUUGAGCAAGGAGAAAAGGCAGCGGAAAUGGCAAGGAGAAGGGAGGAACGAAAACAGGUAA